AUGAACAUACUAUCCCUGGAGGUAUUGACAAUGAAGCUUCGCUGGCUCUCUACCCCCUUUGUCUCGUUGGCGGCCAAGAUGAAGCUAUCAUUGGGCACCUCAAACAACGGAGGCGGAGGCGCUUCCAGCCUCUUGUCACUUGCUCUUUUGCUGACUCUAAACCCACUCACAGCAACUGCUCAAACGGCCCCACGAGAUGGCGCCAUCUACGAUUACAUCGUCGUUGGGAGCGGCCCCGGAGGCGGUGUUGUCGCUUCAAAUCUUGCCAAAGCGGGCUAUUCUGUUCUGAUCCUCGAGGCUGGUGACGACAGUCCGGGACAAGGCUUCGGUCGUUACACCCCCACCGUUACGUGGGAUUUCUUCGUGAAGCACUAUCCAGAGGGGGAUCCAAGAGACAACAAAUAUAGUCAUCUCACCUGGAGGACAAGAGAGGGCAGGUAUUGGGUUGGGCAGAGUGGUGCACCGGCUGGCUCUACGCUGCUUGGAGUGUAUUAUCCUCGCGGUUCCACACUCGGUGGCUCGUCCAUGAUCAACGCCAUGGUCACUUGGCUGCCGAGUGAUAGUGAUUGGAACUUUCAUGCCAAUGUCACAGGGGAUGACAGCUGGCGAGCUGAGAACAUGCACGCCAUUUUCAAGAAGAUUGAAAAAAACAACUAUGCCACCCGUGGAGCUGCCAACGCGGCAAAUCAUGGCUUCGACGGCUUUUUCCAGACCAACAUGGGUUCCAUGACCCAACAGCGCCAGCUCGGCCAGCUCUCGGGCAACCGUGUGAUGCAGACAUAUGCGCAAGACUGGGGCCUAUCAGGACAGUCCAUGAACAACUUGUUGACUCGUGACCCGAACGAAAUCAACCCCAACCGCGAUCAGACCUCCUCGAUCUACGGUCUCGUCACCCACGCCUUCUCCAAUGGCAACCGAUACUCCUCCCGCAACUACAUCCAAGACACACAGCGCACUGUCGGCUCCAACCUCACCGUCUCUCUUACCUCCCUCGCGACCAAGAUUCUCUUUGAUACAGCCUCCAAAUGCGAUGGCACUGCGGCCAAGCCCCGCGCCACUGGAGUUGAGUACUUGUUCGGACGCUCUCUGUAUAAGGGUGAUUCGCGCCGCGCUGCCAAUGCCCAAGGCACCAAGCGCACUGCUUACGCCCGCCGCGAGGUCAUCCUCUCGGGAGGUGCCUUCAACUCCCCUCAGCUCCUCCAGCUGUCGGGUAUUGGAGAUGCAGCCCUCCUGAAGCAGUACAGUAUUCCUUUGAUCAAAGAUCUGCCCGGUGUCGGUCAAAACCUCAUGGACAAUCAAGAAAUGCCCAUCGUUGGCACUGGCAGCGCCGGCUCCGGUUUGGCGGAAGUCUCCAUGUUUAAGACCAAGCACCCGGCCCACGGGGAGAGAGACAUGUUCCUAAUGGGUGGUCAAGGGUUCCUGUUCAGAGGUUUCUGGCCUGAUAACCCGCCACCUUGCAAUGCCGGACCAGAUGCGAAUGGAUACUGCGGGAAGGAGGAUGAAAACUGGAUUCAUGAGCGGACCUUUGGGCACCACCCUACUUCUACCAAUAGAAUCGGGGCGGACAAUGACCCGCUGGCGGUGCUGGACAGCAAGUUUAGGGUUAGAGGGGUGAGUGGGUUGAGAGUGGUGGAUGCAAGCGCCUUUGCGCGGAUCCCGGGGGUCUUCCCUGCUGUGUCGACGUUCAUGAUCAGCCAGAAGGCGAGUGACGAUAUGUUGGCCGAGUUGAAGGAUGGGCAGGCGGUCAAGGUUUGCGUGAACGGCGUGUUGAUUUCAUGA